UUAUAAAGUCGAUAGGCUAAAGGCAGCUAGCAAAUUUUGAGCAAGUACUUGUAGUGCGAUACACCAUUGAACACAUGCUUCAGGUUAAGGUUUUACCCAUUGGUGCUCCAGCUGAAAUUCCAGCAAAGAUGAGGAGGAUAGCUUUCUGUUUGGGAAUCUGUCUUACUGUGUUAAAUUUGCGUGAGACAGCUGCAAGUAGAAAUGAAGCCUGUAUGGAACCUAAGCAAGAAGGAGAGGUGACAGAUUCUAAAUUAAGGAGCAUUCAGUGGUUCUACGACUCAGCUGGUGACCGUUGCCAACCGUUUGUUUACACUGGAAAAGGAGGAAACAGUAAUAGAUUUUUGAAUGAAACAUACUGUUUGAAAACCUGCUCUGCUACUUAUCUUCAAAAGUUUCCAGAUGGAGACGCAGUGUGUGAUCUGCAAAAAGAACGAGGGGAUUGCCAUGCCAACAUCCUGAAGUGGUACUACGAUCUGACCAUCAACGACUGUGAAACAUUCCUCUUCAGCGGAUGCCAUGGGAAUGGAAACCAAUUUGACAACAAGAAGAGUUGUCGGAGACUAUGUGCUGCCAAAGGGCAAGGACGAUUCAAUGUGGAAACUGAAGAAGAAGAAGUUCAGCAAAGAGAUGAAGGUGACACUGCUGCCAUUGUGUUCGGAUGUCUCUUUGGUAUUGCUGUCAUUGCCUUUGUAGCUGUAUUUGUCAUUCAGAGGAAAAGGCAAAAAAGCCAGAACAACAAAUCUAAAAGAACAGAGCUAGAGAUGCAGUAAAUCACGGUGAUGUCUGUCACAACGAGGAAGGAACUACCGUUUCCUGGAGAUUUACUGUCAUUUGUUGGAAGGAAUGCUCGAAUUUCUUUAUUUUAGAUAAUGAUUUUGUACAUUAACUUUUAUAAAACUUAGUUAGGAGAGAACUUUUUGUAUCAAAUACUCCAGAAAUUUAUCCGCGCUUCCCUUUCUCAAAUGCAAAGCAUACAAUUCAUCAAGUGUGCAUCUGUGUUAAAAGCUAGGGGAUUCCAAUUGUUUUGCUUAUAUCCAUAUAUAUAUGUAUUUUAUAUAUAUAUGCGUGUUUGUGUAAUAAGAUAGUUAACUGUCCAUACACUAAUUGAGAAGCAAGUUGGAAUUUGAUUGCAUUUCUAAUACCUGUAUUUUUGCAAAAAAUAAUUAAUGAAUUGAUGAAUUUGACCAUACUUUGUUGUUUAGUACUUAAAAUUAUGUUUGACAAAAGAAUUGUAAACUGGAACCAAUUAUUAUGGAGAAAGUUGUUUGACAAAAACAUGGUACAAAAUAUUAAAAACAUAAUAAAAAAUAUAAAAUAUCUGAUUCCCUGCUUAGAUAAGACUAUUCAAAUUAUGAAUACAUUUAAUUAAAUAACUUUUUUUUAAGUUUUCUGCUCUACACAGAAGUUAGCCAUAAAGUAAUUUUCAUACAGUAUGAUUAUGAAAUAUUCAUGAACGUAAACAUAAGCAUGACUUGUUUGGUAGCUGCCUUUCAAUGUACAUUUCAACCCUAACUUCGGUGAGGUCUAUAAAUAUCUUUGACUUUUUAAGAAUGUAAAAUAUGCUGAGAAAGAAAUAAUGUGAAAACGUACAGACCAGAAUUGUUAUUUAGUAUCUCAAA